CUAUACAACACGUUGGCUAAGUCGUGUCCAGUUUGUUGUGUCAACUUACUGACCAUGACGGAAGAACCAAUCCCACGUCAGAUGAAGGCGUUAUUAAAGCGAGAACCAGUGCCUUCUUUUACCCUAGAAACAAUCGAUGUCCCGGUUGAUCUGAUAGACGAUGAGGUCCUUAUUCGGGUGGAAUUUGCUGGGAUAUGUGGUUCGGACAUCAAAGUGUGUAACUGGACUCCACAGGCAGCUACAGUGAACAACCUGCCUCUAAUACUGGGGCACGAAUGCGCUGGAGUAGUGGUUAAGACUGGGCCUAAGGCUUCACUGGCCGUUGGUCAACGUGUCUGUGUGGAGAGCCACCUGUUUUGUGGAUGCUGCUACGUGUGCGAGCACGGUGCAAGAGAGAUAUGUCCCAAUAUGGCGCAGUUUGGACACGGCAAGGGUUCCAUAUACGGAGGGUGUGCAGAGUAUACCAAAGUGGCGGACAAGUUCUGUUACCCUCUAAAAACCUCUAUUGGUGCACGUGAGGCAGUUCUCCUCGAGCCAUUGGGCGUUGUCCACAAUGGACUCAGUAGACUGGACAUUAAGGACGAGGACAUUUUGAUCACUGGAUGUGGAACCAUUGGUCUGCUCGCUAUCAGUGUGGCUAAGGUUUUAGGGGCCAAAAGAAUCAUUGCAAUGGACAUUAAGGACGACAAACUGGAAAUGGCCAAGAAAAUGGGCGCUGAUGACGUCAUCAAUUCUAGUGUAGUUGAUGUCCAUGAUGUCAUCAUGGACAUGACUCAAAAAUAUGGUGUUGGGAGGAUAUGUGAGUGCACUGGGGUACCAGCGGUCGUCAAUAAAAUAUUUCAUCUAUUAAGACCAGCGGGGAAGGUCACCUUGAUAGGAAUGCCAAAAGAGGCCGUCCACAUUGAAAAACCCAUGACAACCAUUAUGUAUAGAGCACUCCAAGUAAACACUGUGUUUGGACGAAGAAUUUGGAACAGCUGGGUGGAAAGUGAGCGUCUGGUAGCGGAAGGGAAGGUCGACGUUAACGCCGUCAUUACCCACCAAAUGCCAAUGACGCAAUAUGAGGACGCCUUUAAGGCGCUCAUGGGUGGAGACGCGUGUAAAAUUCUUAUGGAACCCGGCAAAUGA